AUGACAAGCUACGCGAGGGAGAUGCGAUUGUCGUCUAGUUGUUCAAAGUGUAUGAUGCUAUUGGUGAAUACCGUACAACGCCACAUCCCUGAUGAUUUUCCAAGUGCAGUUCCCGAAAAGUAUUUCGUGGACUUCUCUGAUAUUCUUGGUGGAAAUCUUGAUCAAAGCUAUGUGGUUGGCCAAAUAGUUAACUUCGGGUCUCUGGAAAACAAAAUAAUAAAAGGAAAAGAUAACAUGAGGCUCUUGAUUGAGUUGCGUGACCCAAAUAAUGUGAAGAUGAUAUGUACUCUGUGGGGUUGUUAUGCUAAACAAGUAUACGAUUACAGUAGGAGUAACAUGUCCACCAUGAUUAUUUGUGUUAUCAGAUUCUGUUCUGUUAAAGAGUGGAAAGGUUCUUACUCCAUAUCUAGCGGGUAUAAUUCAACCCAUAUUUUGCUCAACCCAACACUUGAAUUUAUUGAGGAGUUCAAAGCAAGGUUUUUUGUUCUUAAUGAGAGGCUAACCAUAAGAGAGAUAAUUGAUAGUACUCUGGUUGGCACUUUUGUCUCUCUGGGGACUAUUGAAACAAUUGAUACUGAACGUGGCUGGUUCAAAUUAAUUGCUCAUGUUAAGGACGACAGCGGUGAGACUAAUUUUCUUUUGUUUGAUGCUAAUGCUCAACAAAUUGUGCGUCAUUCUGCUGCUGAACUCUAUGACGAGAAUGAAGAUGAAGACUUCUUACCAGAAGCAGUUAGCGAUCUCUUUGGUAAGAGAGUCCUUUUUGAGAUUUCAGUUGAUGCCGAUAACAUCAAAGGAAAGAGCUCUCAAUAUGUUUUCGAUUGGCUACUGAUGACCGUCCUAAUGUUGGAGUCCGCAGAUGAUAUUUUCUCUGGUUCUGGUGGUUUUACAGCAACUCCUUUGUCCAAAAGAAAAAGCGACAAGAUGAACACAGUUUCCUUGAGGAUCAACACUUUGUUAACAAGAAACUCUCUCAAAAGAAACUCAAGGGCGAGUGAUCUAUCCCAUUUUUAA